UACUUUGUAGCAGCGAAAGAUGAUCUCCCGUCUCGGUUUACAUUAUGAUGUUGUAGCGCUUCGUCCGGGGAGCUGAUUUUGUCUCCGUUGCAGUUUUUUAUUCUGUCGGUGGGAAUAAGAGCAGGCCGCCACCGCGCGCCCAUCACCAUGCAUCCGAUGCCCGUGUGCUCCGUUAGCUGCGGAGACAUAUUUGACUGUAUACAGAGAGGAAACAUUGAACAGUGUAUACACUUCCUUCAAGAUGAUCGGUCAGUCCUCAAGCAGAAAGGCUGGGGUGGUUUCACCCCGCUCCACUACGCUGCCCUCCAUGGUAACCGCGCCCUGGUCGACCUUUUCCUUAGUAAUGGAGCUGACCCUAACCUGACAUGUGACGCGGGACAGACAGCCUUUCAUUUUGGCUGCAGGCAAGGGAACAUCUAUAUAAUACACCAAAUGAUGCAGUAUGGAGCUGAUUUGCGGCUCAUAGACCUGCAGGGAAAAACGUCACUGCAUCAUGCAGUCACUGGGGGCAACAUUGUUGCAGUGCACUAUUUGUGGGAGACGGGAAUGUUCCGGUUCUCAGACACAGACAUGUACCAGGUGACCCCCCUUCACCUGGCCGCGUCCACAGGCAACACAGAGGUGGUCCGGUAUUUGCUCAGAGAACAGAGAUGUGCUGUGGACGCAGUUGACCAGCAGGGAGCGACAGCGCUUCACGUUGCAGCAGAGAGGGGCGGAGUGGAGGUGUGCUGGACACUGCUGCAGAGAACAGGCUGCAGGAUGCUCUCUCAGAAGAACCACAGCGGCCUCACACCACUGGACCUCAGCAAGCAGGGGAAAACAUUUAGACAUCAGCAACUCACCAAGCUACUGAGUCGGUACAUUAAUGAGCCAAUACACCACAAGCCCACAGAGUCUCAUGUUUUGUACUACUGGACACUGUUUUUUCCAAGCCUGAGUGGAGCUUCCAUCCUGCUAAUAGCAGCCAUGUUGGGAGGCUAUGGAGGGCUAACCUGCAGUUUGCUCUUCCCUUGGCUGGCCAGAAGCAUCUUCACACAGUACCACCGCAUGACCACGUACCAACGGUUACCCAACCCAGUCUACUUGGGAACCCUUAUAGCUGGUCUGUUCCAUUCCCUGCUCUGCUUCUAUGGAAAAAUAAUGCCUAGUGUGUGGCCAACCGGUGCUCUGGUCCAGGUGUCAAUGAUCCACUUCUCCCUAGUCCUCGGUUUGUUCUGUAAGGUUCUGACUCAGGACCCGGGGACACUGGACAGAGCAGAUGCAGAUCCUCGGUUCUCCUGUAUCGCCGACCUGGUGGAGAACAACCAGAGCCCUCACAGGUUCUGUCCAUACUGUGAGUUGUUUCCUCCAGACUACACCAAACACUGCAAGCUGUGUGACGUGUGCAUUAAAGACUACGACCAUCACUGCCUUUUUCUCAACCGCUGUGUCGGCCGGGGUAACCACCGCCUCUUCCUCCUCUUCAUCCUCUCCAUGGUGAUUGCCCACCUGCUUUUCGUUGCCACAGCAACGAGUUACCUGUAUGACAAGAUGCCUGCGGGGAGUCACAGCUUUUCAUUGUGGCUCACUUUGUUGGGGGAGGAGUUCUGGGUUGUGGUCAUGAUAGUCAUGAACGCGCUGACGCUCCUUUGGGAGGUGUGGCUACUGACCGAGCAAUUCGAUGCCGUCGCCACGGGAACCACCACCUACUUUAGACAGUGCGAAAGCUCAGCACGACAGAGGUCACUGGUGCAGCGCUGGGUCAUAGUGCUGUCGUUCCUGCUGGACGGUCGAAGGCGGGUGGGCAGCGGACCAACCGGAGAAGACAAAACUGCCAUAGACAUUUAAAACUGUCCGUCUGUCUUGUUGUCUAGAAAAUUGUUUCAUAGUGGCUCACUUACAAACGUACAUUCUCAGUUUACAGAGUCUUUGGUGUGCACUCAACUUUGUGAGAAUGUCCUCUUUGAAGUCAGUAACUCUCUAAUGCCAUAUAACAUGUUGUACUUGAAUGUAAAGUUCGGUUAUAUGUCAAUAAUCUAUUUUAAUAUGCAGCUAGACUAUAGAGUAGAUUCAUCAGCAGAUUUUGUGCACAAAGUGGCUAGCAGGAUAACUACCACUAAGAGUUUAAAUGUUCCCCUAGUUUUUAGAGACCUCACUGAAUAUUUGUUACUUAACUUAGCAUAGUUUUGUGCAAAGUGGAUAUUUCCUAAACUGUGUUUUAGCAGGGAAACACCUCUGAAUAAAUGCUCACAUUCACACCUGUUUUUAUAUUCCACAUCAGCAUAGUUUUUUUAACAUCGUUGUUAUUUUAAAUACUAGUGUGUCAUGGUGUAAAGCAUAGUUCAAGGUUACAAAGAUGUGUGUACUCAUAACAUAACAUUAGCACGUCCUGUGAUUAGCUAGUGAUAAUGGUUAAUAGCGGGUGCAUUGAAAGGCUUUGUUCCUACCAUAAUGUCAUUACCUCUCUGACCUGCUCAUAGCCAUUUGGGCCAUGACACUUCCUCUGGCUCUUACUAAUGAGACAUGCUCUUUUCAUGCCUUCAAUUAAACACACUCAUUUCCUAUGUGUCCCCGAGGACCAUAUUUCUAGAUUAUAGAUGAUGUUCCCCACACCCCUCAGAGGCUGGUGUGUCCGGACUAUGUGAGUGGCUACGUCACGUGAUAUUAUUUAGUGUCUACUGUGCUGCCUGUCGUGCAUAUUGGUUAAGAUGAGCGCAUGUGAGCCUGUGAAACUGAGUGCUUUUACUGUAUUUCUGUCCCUGAAUCAGUGUUAUUGUAUUUAACUGGCUUCCAUAUGUCCAUACCCUAAUAUAUUUUACAUGUACUAAUGUAUUUUAUCUGUGGUGACACAAUUUCUUUUUAUUUCCAAGAUGAUACUGUCAUGUUUUUAUGUUUUAAGAAAAAUAUGUUUAAUAAAUCACUGAA